AUCAAAUUUAUGUUCAUAUAUACCUUCAACCCGAAGAAAUCUCUUACCAUUGAUUGUCGGUUAUUUUUGAAAGUUCUCUUCCUGUAUACGAUGUGUGUAUGGGUAUUCAUAGUGUUCUCUAUUAUCGGAUCAAAAUAACCCCUCAAAGCUUCUACGAUCAAAAUCUCUAACUAUGAGGGUUGGUGGAACCUUGAUAUCUCAAGUUGUCGUAUCUAUGGCAUUGCUCGUAGAUCAUAAGGCCACCAUCAUUGAUGGAAAAGCAAUCGCACAAACAAUUCGUUCCGAAAUUGCCUCUGAAGUCAGUACCUUGAUGGAGAAAUAUGGCAAGGAAGAUGUAACAGUUAUUGUUGUUCAUCCGCGUACAGAGGAUCCAGAAAGUAUGAUUCAUGAGGCAGACAUUGUUAUUGCUGCAAUUGGACAACCCAUGAUGGGUAGUUGGAUAAAAAGUGGGGCUGUGGUUAUUGAUGUGGGGACGAAUGCGGUGGAUGAUGCUACCAGAAAAUCAAGAUAUAGGCUUGUGGGUGAUGUUGACUUUGACCAAGCAUGUAAAGUUGCGGGAUGGGUUACGCCUGUUCCUGGGGGUGUGGGGCCCAUGACUGUAACAAUGCUGCUUAAAAACACUUUGGAUGGUGUCAAGCGGGUGAUUGAGCAGUAA